UGUUAAGUCCCGACUGUCACGUGGUUUGUAUUGUGUGUUUGACCACCACAAUGACUAGCGACGUAAACUCUUUCCUGAAACAGCAUCCAGAGUUUCAAACAAUAUCAGAUAGAGAUAAGGUACUUUGCACAUUGACUGGACAUGAAAUGCCAGGCAGAUUAGACGUUCUUCAGCAGUAUGUGCAAGGAAAAAAGUACAAAAAGGCAAAGAAAAUGAAAGAGUACGAUUUCGACAAACACAGACCACAUCUUGUGCAACACAAGAAACUCACUGACUACCUGCAAUGCCAACUAACAAGAAGGAUAAUUAUCAAGAGUCCGGAUGCAGUUGAACGGCAUGUGUUAGGGAAACGAUAUCAGAAAGCACUGAGUCAAUGGGCCAGCAAAGAAUCAGGACACGAUGCUGGUUACUCAGAUUCUGAAACAGGAGAAAUUGAAAAUCAGCUGGAGGAAGGGGAAGAAGAGAAUGAAACUGACAGUGAAGUCGAUGAAGAGCGAGAUGAUUGUAGUGACCUCUAUCCACUAGAACUACUACAAAAAGAAGUGGAGUUAGAGCUCAAGAGUCAUAACAAGCGUGCUACAAAUGGACAGCCCAAUGGUAAAAAUCAUAAGAAAGCAAAGUCAGCUGACGAUGUACAAACGUCAGAGCCAGCUCAAUCAAACAGAAGAAAACGUAAAUCUCGCAUUCUUAAAAAAGCAAAACGUAGCAAACUGACUCAAACAGCAAAAUAGUUGCUCUAGGAAAAUAGCAGUUGCUCAAUGACCAAUAGCAAUGAUUUCUAGUCAAAUACAGUCAUACAGUUGAUUACUGCUUAGCA